GCAACAAGUGGUUUAUUCGCCUGUUGGAGAGCGACACAUGGAUGAAGUCAGGCUGAGACGCGGAGCCGAAGUGGCGCUCAUGUCUGCGUCAGUGCGUUUUAUUGACUCCCAAUCGGAACAGGAAGAGUCGAAACCAGACAGUCCUGCUGCAACAGCCCCUGGCACCAUGUCUGUGAGUGAGACUGAAGCAAGGCCCCCUCAAAGGAAUAGUUCUGAGACUUUGGAGCUGGAGCUCACCUGCCCCAUCUGCUUGCAGCUCUUCUCUGAGCCCGUUUCUCUUCCCUGUGGUCAUAUCUACUGCUUUGCCUGCCUUCAGCUCAUGGGAGAAGGCCUUGACCAACACUGCUGCCCGGAAUGCCAAGCGGCAUAUCAGGGAACCACAGCCCUUGUGAAGAGCUUCAAAAUGUGCAGCAUUGUGGAGACCUACAAAGCCAAUGCUGGGAAAAGCAGUUUGACUGCACACCCCUCUGACGUGACCUCACAGACUGGGUCUGGAUCUGCAGAGCACCCCCUUUCUUUGGAUCGAGAACCAAGCAGUGGCAAAGGCAAAAUGGAAAUGGACGAACCUAAAUUCAAACUGGCAACUCAGGUCACAGAGUUGAACCUGAAGUUGGAGAUGGCGGAGGGUGUUCUGGGGAAAGAGAAGGAGUGGGCAUUAGAGGUGACCACUGCCAACGCCCAGCUGAGGGAUAAAACAUCCAAGCUGUUAGAGCAGAUAAAGGAUUUGUCUCAACGCUACAUUGCACAGGUGACGCAGAUGAUCGAAGAAGAGCUGGGCCCCGCUGAGGCCACGGUUGUCGAUCGCGUCUGUCGAGCCUCUGAACUCACCAAGCAGCUGAGGCAGGCUAUGCUCAAAGCUGAGUCCCUGUUGACUGAAAAUGACGAGAGUGCCUUAAGUGAUGAGCUCCAAAGCCUGCAACGCCACAUUGCAGAGUUAAUGGCAAAACAAGUGGGAGAGGAUGAAGACCGUGCUGAAUCAAGAGCCAACCCUGCACGAGCCUGUCCCAAGCUGGAAAACAUGAAUUCCGAGCUGCGCGCAAGACUUGGAGACAUUCAGCGCUCCCUUCGGAACACCCUAAACCCUUCAGAGGUGACCUUUGACCGGGAAACAGCCCACCCCAACCUCGUUCUCUCAGAGGACUUGAAGACGGUCACUUUCAGCGCCACAAAACAGCCCUACCCAUCCUCUCCUCAGAGGUUCACCAGCUUCUUCCAGGUCCUCAGCACUCAGAGCUUCUCUGAAGGAGAUCAUAGCUGGGAGGUGGCGCUCGAAGGCUCCCCGUGGAUCAUCGGUGUGUGCUACAGUGGGAAGCUCGAACGCGGCGGGCUGCCCUCCGCUCUGGAGAGCAGCCGGAGCUCUUGGUGCCUGAUGUGGUUCAACAACCUGCUGACGGCCUUUGAGCAGGGGCGCGGUGUGCCGCUGAAGAGGACCACGGUGUCGUGCAGGCUGGAGAUCAAGCUGAGCUUCAAGACCCACCGGCUGAGCUUCUACAACAUCAGCGACAUCAGCGGGAAGACUCAUGUGUAUACAUGUAAUGUUAACCUGACUGAGCCAGUGCACCUUGGGUACAGGAUGAUGUCGGGGGACCCAAAAGGACGAGUCACUGUUUAUUCAUAAUCAUUUGUACAUUUUUAUUACCUUCUUCAUUUACUGCUAAGCAAAUGUGCUGCAUAGAAGAACAGAGUAAUACUAUCCAAAACGCCAAAGCAGAGACUUGAUUUGUGUAAUGAUGAAGGAAGUCGUUGGGUGUGUCUUGAUAGAAGACACAGCCUCUUUCGUCAUUCCUAAGAAGACUUGUUUAAAAAUAAUUUAUGGUUAUUACUACUUUGGCUGCUGUGUGUGAUAAUGAAAUACAUUGCUUAAAAUGAUCUGUCCAGACAAUGUCAUUAUAAGGUGUAAAGGUUCAAACAAAGCAAAAGGCAUUUUAGGCUGUUUUUCUAACUCUGUCAGACCAAUAAAGUCCUUACAAAAUC